CCAAGGUUUCAAUUCUUAGGAAAUAGAAACUUACCUCAUUGGCUGGCGCUGAGGUGGGGCUGCUUCUCUGUGGGCUUAACAUCCCCAGCUCCCCGCUGCAGUGGCAAAUUCCCUCUGCGGGCUGAGGAGACCUCCCUGUGCUUCUAGGCCACACCCAGUGGGCACCGCUGCGUCCAGAGCCAUGGUUCUCACCCAGGUCUUGGCCGUCUCCCUCUCCUCCAAGUUCCUGUCUGCAGCUGGCCUGGCCCAGGUGGGCAAGGUGGCCGGACUGUCGUCACUGGGGAACGCUGUGGCGUCCAGGGUGGCCGUCUCUUCUGCUUUGUCCACCUUGGGGCCCAUGCUGGGGUCUCUGCAGGGCUCCAUUUUGCUGGUGUCUCCUGUGGCAGCCAAGGUCGCUGCAGCUGCAGUGGGAGGAGGUGAGUGGCUGUUCCCAGACUCUGGAACGUGGGUCCAGACCUGUGGUGGCUGUGCAGGCCACCCCCGUGAUCCUGGGUGCUAUGGGUUUCACCACGGCGGGCAUCGCCGCCUCCUCCAUCGCAGCCAAGAUGAUGUCUGUAGCUGCCAUCGCCAACGGGGGUGGAGUGGCCUCAGGAAGCCUGGUGGCAACCCUCCAGUCUAUGGGAGCAGCUGGACUCGCCUUGACCUCCAAAGUCACACUGGGCUCUGCUGGUGCCCUGGUGGGUGCCAUCCUUGCCUAGUUCCCGAAAUGGCCCCUGCAGAGAAGAGAGGAAGCCCAGCUUAUAUCCCGCCCCCCACCUCACGGGACUGGUCACCCAUGGGUGACCACGUAUCCAACACUGUACCCCAGAAAAAGCAAGCAAUAAAAAGUCAUUUCCAUGACUUUCUUUCUUCUCUGAGCUCCCUGAGUGGGAGAGGAGGCUACCUUUUCUUCAUAGAACACGUGUCCAGUGCAGGGUGUGCUCUCCGGUGGGGUGAGUGGCCGGGAGCCUCGUGUGCAGACCCUGAGUACCUUGUCUCCCCUCUGGGCCUGUGUUUGAUCAAAACCCAGAGGCAAAAUGUGGUUUUGCUUCAGAGUUCUGGCCCCAAUGUCCUGAAGAAUCUUCUAGAAGCUUCUUUUCGCCGGGAUGGGCUCCGCCCUGAGCAUCAGAAGUUCUGCUCCCGCCACUUUUCUCCACCAACUCCUCCAGCAGGCGCUGGGGCUCAGACAGGGCACUGGGCGCCAGGGGACAAAGGGCCUCUUCCUAGGAAGUGUGUGAGAGGUCCUGUGGCUGGGCAAGGCUGACAGGCUGGGAGCCAU